AGACAAGAGAUGCCAGAGAUGCAGAAGCAGCAGCAACAGAGGAGGUGCAGUCAUAAUAAGAGCUCAGAGAAAAAAAUAGAAAGAGAAAAAUAGCAUUAGCAUGCAGCACUGUAAUCAGAACCAUUAGUUCAUAUUAUCAUAUACAUGUACACAAGAUUCUGCAACACAAUGGCCCCUCAAAUAAAUAUACCUACUCUACUACUCUCCUCUCAAGCUUCCACACUCUAACUCCUCCUCUCAAUAAUACUUUUUACUCCUACUCUAUUUUUCUGCAAGAACAAGCUUUGUUUCUUUGAUUCCUUUUCUACCCCUUUUUUUUAUGAUGAAUGGAAGAAACAGGUAUCCUUUUACUCCUUCUCAAUGGCAAGAGCUUGAACAUCAAGCUCUUAUCUACAAAUACAUGGCUUCAGGUAUCAACAUUCCACCUGAUCUUCUCUUCACUAUCAAAAAAAGCUACUUAGACUCAACAAGGCUCUCACCUCACCAGUCUCAACACUUUGGGUGGAACUAUUUGCCAAUGGGAUUAGGAAGAAAAAUAGACCCAGAGCCAGGGAGGUGUAGAAGAACAGAUGGAAAAAAAUGGAGGUGUUCAAAAGAAGCAUAUCCAGAUUCAAAGUACUGUGAGAGACACAUGCAUAGAGGUAAAAACCGUUCAAGAAAGCCUGUGGAAGUUUUGAAAACAACAAACACAGAUUCUGUUUCUGCUGUUGCUGUUGCUACUUCAUCAAUCUUAUCAAUGACUAAAAAUAGCACUAGUCUUGAUACUGAUAUUAACACUGCAGCACUCACCCCAACCUCUCAUCCUGAUAGUACUACUUACCAUUAUCCUCCACAAAACUCUUCUUAUGCUUCUUCUCAUCUUCAACACCCUUUCCUCUACCACAAUAACCCUCCAUCUUCAAGGCCUAGUUUCUCAUUUCAAGACAUCAACACUAGUGCUCCCAUGUUUCUUGACAGUUCUGGUUCUUCCUCUCACAAUAACAACAACACUGAUUGCAGGAACAGGUAUGUUUAUGGACUGAGAGAGGAGGUAGAUGAGCAUGCUUUCUUCACUGAACCAUCUGGAACUAUAAGAAGUUUAUCAGCUUCAUCUAUGGAUGAUCAAUGGCAACUCACACCACUUACUAUAAGCUCAUCUUCCACUUCAAAACAGAGGAGUUGCUCUGGUUUAUCCAAUGAUCAGAAUGAGUACUCUUAUUUGCAACUUCAAAGCCUCAGUGACAACAUCAACAACAACAACAACAACAGUAACAGCAACAACAGCAACAACUCAAAACAAGCACAGCAAGAUCAAAGCUGUUACAUCUCAGGUAGUGAAGAAACAUUCAUGAAAGAUGGGAAGGAAGAACCUCAGAAGAUUUUUCAUCGUUUUUUCGAUGAAUGGCCACCGAAAAGCAGCAGAAACUCAUGGCUUGAUUUGGAUGAUAAAUCAUCCACCACUCAGCUUUCAAUUUCCAUUCCAACAUCAUCUCAUGAUUUCACAACUUUCAGUUCCACAAACCACAGAGAUGGUUGAUUUGAGGUUGGAUUUCAAUAAUGGGUGGGACCGUUAUAAUUGAAUCUAAGGGCGGUAAUAAUAAUGUUGAUUCAUAUUUUGUGUGAGAUUUGGUUGAAUUGUUCUAAAUGUUGUGUACAUGUGUUGUUGUUGUUGAAGUGGAUUUGUGUCUCCAUGGAGGGAUCCAAUGUAUGGUAUUGUUAUUUUUACUAAGUUACUUAUGUUGUGUUGUUUGUGGCAAACAUGGUUUCAGAAUUCAGAAUUCAGAAUCUAGCAGUUA